AUGCCUUUUGGUCAGAUUGUGAUAGGGCCGCCUGGUUCGGGCAAAUCUACCUACUCCCAUGGCUGUAGUCAGUUUUUCAAUGCCAUUGGAAGACAUGUUCAAAUCAUCAAUAUGGAUCCGGCAAACGACAGAUUACCAUACCCUUGUGAGGUUGAUAUCAGAGACUUUAUAACUCUUGAAGAAAUUAUGAGUGAACAGAAGCUGGGCCCAAAUGGAGGCUUGAUGUAUGCUUUGGAAUCGGUGGAGAACUCACUAUCACUUUUUGUACUGCAAAUUAAAGCACUAGUGAAGGAGGAGAGUGCUUAUUUAGUGUUUGAUUGCCCUGGUCAAGUGGAGUUGUUUACGCACAAUUCUGCUCUUUCACGAAUAUUUAAGAGACUUGAAAAGGAGCUCGAUCUACGACUAUGUGUGGUAAAUUUGAUAGACUGCUUUUAUAUUACGUCACCUUCGCAAUAUAUCUCCGUUUUAUUGCUAGCCUUACGGUCGAUGCUGAUGAUGGAUCUGCCACAUAUAAACGUGUUUUCUAAGAUUGAUAUGCUUCAUACAUAUGGUGAGUUGCCAUUUAAACUGGACUACUACACGGAAGUGCAGGACUUGGAAUAUUUGAAAUCGCAUGUCGAAAAAGAGGGCUCUGGUAUGUUAGGAAAAAAAUAUGCCAAACUCACAGAGACCAUUGCAGAGUUGGUUUCAGAUUUCCACCUAGUAUCAUUUGAGGUGCUUUGUGUCGAUGACAAGGAGACUAUGAUUGACUUGCAACAUGUAAUCGACAAGUCCAACGGCUACAUAUUUGGUGCAUCUGAGAUCGGAGGAGAUACUGUAUGGGCAGAGGCUACAAGACAGGGGACCGCUUCAGUUAGCCGCGACAUACAAGAUAGAUGGAUUGACAACAAGGAUAAAUAUGACGAGGAAGAAUAUAAGAAGAGGGAGCAGCUUCUAAAGGAGCAAGCUAUUCACGAAAAAGAGGUUCCCAUGAGCGAGGAAGACGAAUGGAAACGUGCGAUGGAGGACUGGGAAAAAAUGAACUCUUCAAAUUUUACCAAAUAA